UUUUGGUCAAUUGAACUACUUUUCUAACCUAACCUCGAAUUCGUAAUAGGUAAAAAAAUAAUUGUUUAUUUAUAACAGUAAUUGUGACUACAAUAUGGGGAAAAAGAAAAACGAAUUCGCCCACCUCACUGUGGAAGAACGCAGAGUAAUCACGGUGGCCGAAAUUGUGCACGAGUUGAUAAAAUCUCAAGAGGAAAAGAAAGACAUCAAUCUGAACGCGCUUAAACAUAGGAUAUCAUCUAAGUAUGGGUUAGAAACUUCGCCCCGACUGGUGGACAUAAUUGCUGCAGUUCCUGCUAAUCAUAAAAAGGCUUUAGUGCCAAAGUUGUUAGCGAAACCAAUCAGAACGGCUAGCGGAAUUGCAGUGGUAGCGGUUAUGUGUAAACCGCACCGAUGUCCCCAUAUCAACAUGACGGGUAAUAUAUGUGUGUAUUGCCCCGGCGGUCCAGACUCUGACUUUGAAUAUUCAACCCAAAGUUACACGGGAUACGAGCCUACUUCCAUGAGAGCAAUAAGAGCUCGUUAUGAUCCUUACUUGCAGACGAGACACCGAGUCGACCAGUUGAAGCAACUGGGACAUUCUGUCGACAAGGUGGAAUUUAUCGUGAUGGGCGGCACAUUUAUGAGCUUGCCUGACGAUUAUCGCGAUUAUUUCAUCAGGAAUCUGCACGACGCCUUAUCGGGACACAAGAGCGCUUCAGUCGAGGAGGCAGUUAUGUAUUCGGAAAGGGCCAAUUCGAAGUGUAUCGGAAUCACAAUUGAAACAAGGCCCGAUUACUGUUUACAGCGACAUUUGUCAGAUAUGUUGAAAUAUGGAUGUACUCGCCUAGAAAUUGGCGUCCAGUCAGUUUAUGAAGAUGUUGCUUUAGACACAAACAGAGGCCACACUGUAAAAGCUGUGUGCGAGACGUUUAACCUAGCAAAAGAUGCGGGGUUCAAGGUCGUCGCCCAUAUGAUGCCUGAUUUGCCCAAUGUCGAUCUAGAACGGGACAUUGAACAAUUUAUAGAAUUCUUCGAGAACCCGGCGUUUCGUGCGGACGGCUUGAAAAUAUAUCCGACUUUGGUGAUCAGAGGGACGGGCCUGUACGAGCUGUGGAAAACGGGUCGCUACAAAAGCUACCCGCCGUCCGUGCUUGUCGAUUUAAUCGCGAAAAUAUUGGGUUUGGUACCGCCUUGGACGAGGGUUUACAGGGUGCAGCGCGACAUACCCAUGCCUCUAGUAAGUUCGGGCGUCGAGCACGGCAACUUGAGAGAGUUGGCACUCGAUCGCAUGCGCGAUUUAGGCCUGAAAUGUAGGGACGUGCGAACCAGAGAGGUGGGCAUCACAGAAAUCCACGAAAAAAUGCGUCCGGACGACAUCGAGCCCGUCCGUCGAGAUUACGUCGCCAAUGGCGGAUGGGAGACGUUUUUGAGUUACGAGGAUCCCGGCCAGGAUAUUCUGGUCGGACUGCUGAGGCUGAGAAAAUGUAGCAAGGAGACCACCUACCGUCCGGAAUUGGCCGGCGACACUUCAGUUAUCAGAGAACUGCACGUGUACGGCAGCGUAGUGCCGGUGAGCGGUCGAGACGACAGAAAAUUCCAGCACCAGGGGUUCGGCGCGUUGCUAAUGCAGUGGGCCGAGCAGAUCGCAAUAGAAGAGCACCGUUCCACCAAAAUGGCGGUUAUAUCGGGCGUGGGAACCAGGAACUACUACAGGAAGCUCGGAUACGAGCUCGAAGGACCCUACAUGGUGAAGAGCUUGAUCGCAGAGCAAUACCGUAGCUCCUUCGCAUGCAUUGAUGGUCCCAAACUGAACCUAGACGGCAAAGGCGACAACAUCGGCAACGUUGCAAUGGAAACGGACGAAGACGACGACGACAAGUGGUUACGGCAGUAUGAUAUAGAACAUGGGUUAGCUAGUGACGCGGCGGAAGAGAAAGAGCGAUACGACGAAGAUGAACCUUUGUUUAAUAUUAGUUGAGAGUAAAAUAAAAUUUUUGAAUAAGGCAACGGUUAUUUAUUUAU